AGCAAAAAAAAUAUAGAUAAAAAUGGCAAGAGUACAGCUUUGAGACAGCAGAGACAAUUAUUGCAAUAAGUGGUUGACACGUGGUUUGGAUUACGUAAGAGCCUUACCCUCCACAUACUUCUUCACUAACAAAACGACAAAGCCCCUUUCUUUAGUCAAUCGAUCAUUUCAGUCUUCUUUCUAUCUUUCUUUCUUUCUGAGUUUGAGUUUUCUCUGAUCAAGAAGGAGAUGGGUUACUUGAGAAUGAAAACUGACUCGGACGCUACCGAUUUGCUUGGUAAUGAUGUCAAAGAUCUGGCCAAUGCUUUGAAAAAGUUCGCCAACCACUCCAUUAAGCUAGCUUCCCUUGGCUUUGGUACCUCAUUCCUCGAGUGGGUCGCUGCAUUCGCUGCUAUCUAUUUGUUGAUCUUGGACCGGACAAACUGGAAAACAAACAUCCUUACUUCACUCUUAAUUCCAUACAUUUUCUUCACUCUUCCUUCCCUACUGUUCGACUUAUUCAGGGGGGAUGUGGGCAAAUGGAUUGCUUGUGUUGCCAUUGUAUUGCGGCUUUUCUUCCCUCAGCACUUUCCAGAUUGGCUAGAACUACCUGCCUCUUUGAUUCUGCUCAUAGUGGUAGCUCCAAGUCUAAUUGCUGGGUACAUUAGGGAUGGCUGGAUUGGGCUAGUUAUAUGUCUUGUCAUUGCAUGUUACUUGCUGCAAGAGCACAUAAGAGCAUCUGGUGGCUUCAGAAACGCUUUCACAAAAGCCAAUGGCGUCUCAAACACUGUUGGUAUAGUUAUUUUGUUCGUCUUCCCUGUUUGGGCUCUGGUUCUGGACAUUCUGUAGAUCAAAAUUUCUGAUCAGUUCGAGGAUUGCAACACUCUUGGGGAUUGGAUUAAUUUCUGCUGUUCAUUUCUUCCGACUCUAAGAGAAAUUCAUUUGUCAUUGUGUGUAACUUGUGAUCAUCUUUUUAAUGUUUGAAUUUGAAUAAGUGUAUGAACAAAUCUGUGUGGAGGACUUGAUUUUCUUUGACAAUGUUUUAUUUUUCCAACUAUGGUAUAUCAGGUGUGCACUACCUUUUAAAAGGGAACGUUUGGCUUCUUAAUUGAAAUCUUUGGCAUUAGUUUUU